AUGGCUACAAUUCUCAAGCUUGUUUUUGUUAUGAUUCUAAUUCUCCCAUUAUUUCUUGUUGCACUCGAAGAUGGUGGUAAAAGAAGUUCUAGAAGGAUGAUGCAUUCGAAUAACCUUAAAGAUGAGAGUGACAAGCAAGGGAAUAAUAGAGGACAAGAACAUCCAAUGGAUCAUGAAUUUGAGGGAGGAAGCGAUGAUUAUAAAAGUGAUAAAAGAUGUUUUCGAUGCGGAGAUAAGGGGCAUAAUGCGUUCCAUUGCACUUCCAACGAAAAGUUGUGUUUCAAAUGUAAGAAUCCAGGACACUUUACCUACAAAUGCGAACAAGUGAAAAAGGAACCUUUAGUAAAUGCUGUUAAGGCAUAA